UUUUAUUUUGUGUGAAGUUUCUUUCUUGUCUUGCAAAAGCUUCAUAAUUUUUUGGAUCGAUGUCGCGAGAGCUCUCCUGGAACGUCCACUUCUGGAAACAAGAGCUUGCUUCCCUCGUCUUAGGAACGUCAUGCUUCAUAGCUUUAGCUGCACUUCUGUAUGUGUAUGACGGAAAGACUAUUUUUAGUUGGCAUGGCAUCACACUUAACACCUUAGUAUCUAUUCUUUCAACUGCUGCUAAAGUUCUUGUCCUGUAUUCCAUUGCUGAGUCCACUAGCCAGUGGAAAUGGCUCCAUUUCUCAGAACAGAAGCAUUUUCUGAUAGAUUUCGAUAAGAUUGAUGCUGCAAGCCGGGGGCCAUUAGGUAGUUUCAAAUUGUUAUGGAGGAAAAAUCGGGAGCUCAUAGUACGCGUCGGUGCUAUCACGACGGUUCUAGCGUUGGCUGUUGAUCCUUUUACACAACAACUUGUCCAAUAUCAACAACGUCAGAUUCCUCAAAAACAUGGAAUUGCCGUCGUUCCCAGAGCAGAUCGUUAUUCUAGGGGUCGAUUUUUCACUGCGCAGCCCGCGGUGGUGUCAAGUGAUCCGCCCAUACCACAGGCCUUCGCUGACGCGGAUUUUGUCAUGCAGUCAGCAGUCUUAUACGGUCUUACGCAGCCUACUGAAAUGAUCACUCAACAACUACCUCACACAUGUACUUCUGGAAAUUGUACGUGGGACGCAUUUGAGUCCCUUUCGGUUUGUAGUGUUUGCAACGAUCUCAGCGACAAUGUAGUUGAAUAUCGAGAUUACAAUUAUCUCUACACAUACUUGCAAACCAGUGGUAUUGGGAUCCUAGAAAUGGGCACUGCAUUUCGACUUCCCAAUGGCCUCUUCAUCGAUGGUUUUGAUGGUUGGAACUACACCACAAAAUAUGUAUCUUUGAAAAUCCCAGGUGGUAUAUUUAUGACGACCUAUGGAACUGGAAAUACUAGUGAGACGGUAUCACUACAAGAAAUCGAUACUUUGAUAUGGGCGAUGACUUUCCUCAAAGUGCACCCGCCUCAGGAUGGAUUAAAUCAGACAUGGCCAAACUUAGAUAUCGAAGCACGAGAAUGCGGUCUGUACUAUUGUGUCAAUCAGUACAAUUCUACACUUUCCAACAGUACUCUGUCCGAAGACGUUUCUGAGGUUACGAGUGCAAAGCGAGAUCCGGAUUCAUGGCAGGUUACAAGCUCGAAAUGGGCUGAUGUUCUUAACUCAUCGACCGUAUCGAGUCUUAAUUUCGACGAUAAACUAUCCGCCGCACCUCGAUCCGACUUAUCCCUAGGCGGAAACUACAAUAUCUCAGAAGAGGCUGUCAAUAGCAUUAGUAGCUACUUCAGCGAUUUUUUUUCGACUGACCUGAAUAUUACGCAUAAUGUCACCGAGACACAACAGGCGAGAUUGAAUGGCUACAUCAUGUCCGACAACAAUCUUCAAUACAAGCCUAGCUCGAUGCAGGCUUUCAAUACGAGCAAUGAUCUCCCAGCUACAUUUGCGUCUCUUGCAAAAAGCAUGAGCAACUCCAUUCGCGCGAACGAUGAUGGCGCAAAAGUACAAGCAGGUACGGUUUAUGAAACGGUGACCUUUUAUAAGAUUAAAUGGGAAUGGAUAUCAUUGCACUGUUUCUUUAUCAUCGCCGCUACUGUUUUCAUCAUCCUUACAAUCUAUCAGACGAGACUCCGUGGAACCCCUGCUUGGAAAUCAAGCUCACUUGCCGUUCUUUCUAGGGGGCUUAUGGUAGGCCACACGUUUAGAGGCGCGGAGACGAUGAGUGAUUUGACUGCGAGAGCAAGAAGUGAAAGGGCUUGUUUAUAUGGGAAUUAUAGUGAGAUACAUGAAUCUCGUGAGGAUGUCGAACUGGAGGAAAUUGUUAUAGGACCGUCGGAUGUCCAGAAAAUAUUUAAAGGGGCACGGUCGAUAAGAUGAAGACAAAUUGUGCAUUUGCUAUGUUGACGAGAAUGGUCAUUAUACACAAAUUGAAAAAGUGCAUUCACAAAAAUAAGAAGAUCAGGGUAUCCA